AUGCUGCAAGCAGAGCGAGACAAUAAUUUGGAUCCGUCAACAUUUGCUGGUUCUAUUGAUCUUGUUAGUGAAAAAUUAGGUGGAAAAGUUAUUAAUGCAAGUGAUGAAUUUUUUGCUGAGAAAGAAAAUCUUUUAAAACCUGGUCGUGGUGUAUUUAUUCCUGACAAAUAUACGGAUAGAGGGAAAUGGAUGGACGGUUGGGAAACAAGAAGAAAACGAGUAGAAGGAUACGACUGGUGUAUAAUAAAAUUGCCAUAUUUGGGUAUUAUUCGCGGUGUCGAUAUCGAUACAAAUCAUUUUUUAGGAAAUCAUCCACCAUAUGCAUCUAUAGAUGUCACUUAUCUAGCAAAUGAAGAUGAAUUUAUCGAUCAAGCCAAUUGGACUGAAGUAUUACCAAAAUCAUCAUUGAAACAAGGUUCACAAAAUAUAUUUUCUAUUCAAAGUCAAGAGAAGUGUACGUAUAUAAGAUUGAACAUUUAUCCGGAUGGUGGCGUUGCAAGAUUUCGUGCCUAUGGACAUAUUGUUAAGGACUGGAGUAAAUUACAGGCUAAUAAAGAAAUUAUUGAUUUGGCUGCAAUUGAAAAUGGUGGUCAAGUAAUCGCGGCCAAUGACAUGUUUUUUGGGAAUAAAGAUAAUUUAAUCAUGCCUGGUAGAGGAGUAAAUAUGGGUGAUGGAUGGGAAACAAGACGAAAACGUGGUCCUGGUAAUGAUUGGGUUAUCAUCAAAUUAGCAAAACCAGGUAAUUUGAAAAAGAUCGAAAUUGAUACAGCCCAUUAUAAAGGCAAUUAUCCUGAUCGUUGUUGGUUAGAUGGUUGUUAUGAAACCAGUUUGGAUAUUAAUAAUUUAAAUUGGCAUAAAGUGAAAUGGAAUAUGAUUUUAAAUGAAACAAAAUUAUAUGCCGAUAAACAACAUUAUUUUGAAGAAGAAAUAAUUGAUCAUGAACAAGUAUUUACACAUGUACGACUCAAUAUUAUUCCAGAUGGAGGAGUCGGCCGAUUACGUUUACACGGAAUGGUGAUUUUAAACGACAAGAAAAAACAGUGA